GCAGGGAUGCUUGAUACCCCAGAAGCUUCUAUGAUGUUGCAGCUUUAUAAUGGGACAGGAUGGACGCGGAAAACAGUAAUGGGCAACGCGAACUUUGAGAUGGAGAAGACUGCGCUUAACGUACUUGGGUUCAGCCAACCAGACGUGAUGUACAAUGUAAUGAGUCAGCAUGGCAACAUAGAGCGUGGGCUAUCUUCAAGGUUCCUGCUGGCUAUACCGAAGCCGGUAUUUGGGAACUACCAGUCUCUGAAGGUCACGGAGGGCCUAGACGGAAGGAAGGAAGUUUAUGAGGAAUUCCGUAUGCUUCUGGUUGAUGCGCUUUUCUCGGUUAUCUUGUAUAAUCGGAACUCAGAGAAGAAUGCAGAAAGCGCAAGGGACGAUGUGAAGAUGUUUGAAGUAGAGGAGGGACCCGACAAUGUCCUGGAAACAACGUAUGAUUCCUUCCAAGAGACAAUCAGAAAGACGAUGCUGGAAGACAACUUGAUGUGCUCAUUAUUCAGUAAGGGAAAAGGACAGCUCUUGAGGGUGAGCGCCGCGCUGUGGCUGCUGUUCUUUGCAGUGGAGCAGUCGGAGAUGGUUGCCAAGUCUACAUGUGGCCUUGACCUUCCAAAGGUCAUCCCCGAGCGUGUGGUGUCUGCUUCAGUCGCCGUGGUGACUUACAGCAUAACGCAAACGGGACUUCUGCAUGGGCGUAGACUGAACGAAGCCGGAGUGAUCGACACCGAUACAAACCACGUGCAGUCCUCUUCCUCGUCACGCCGACAGACACACCUGGGAGGUCAGACGCUGUCGGCAAGCAUUUUGAUGGCCCCAGGACGGGUGCUUUCGGUAACAGCCAUUCUCAAAGUUCGGCCAUUCAAGUUAAAAGGGAAAAAGGAAGUUGUCGAUGCUAUGCUGGCGUUGCAAGAACAAUGCCUGGGGAUGGUCAAGGUGCUGUCUCACCGAGGAGGACAGAAAGUCUACUUCCUGAAAAAUGAGGUCCUUGAACUACCGGACGCAGACAAAACAGCAGCGGUGGUGGCUUUGGCGCAGCACGGUGUGAACAUCAAGGAGUACUCUGAGACUCUUGUUGAUAGUGAAGCAGAGAAAGAUCUCAAAACUACAGAGUCGUUAGCUCCAGUGAAAAGAAAGUUUGGCGGUUCUGAUCUCUUUUCUGCAAGAUUUGAUGCCGACGAUGACGACGACAACGACUUCGUCGACACAAGCAAAAGGCGUUCUUUAUAA